AUGCGUGUGACAACCAAUGCUCCGGUAACGACCAGCUCGCUACUUGCGAGCAAUGACCCCUUUGAGGUCGCUCAGCGGUUCGUCCAGGAGCUUACACGAAGCUCGUCACCUUCCGGCUCGUUCGUUAUUCGAAAGGAUUCCUACACCGACAAGGCGACCGGUGUGACGCAUGUCUACGUCCGUCAGUACACGCAAGGUAUCGAGGUUGCCGAUGGCGACAUGAACAUUAAUAUCAAGGACGGUAUUGUUCUGUCCUACGGCGAUUCGUUUUAUCGCGGCCAAGGAAUGGAGCUGUUGGCGCAUCGCUUGUAUGAUCCACAUGCAGAGUAUUGCGCCAGCCUAGACUACGAGAUCGAAUCUCGUAUUGCAACUUUCAAUCAACAGCUUGCCUCUCAGAAUGACCAGGUCGCAUUCAAUGGUCGCGAAGGAGAGAAGGAGACCCUUGGUUUACUACCUCAAUUAUACGAAUGGAAUUGCGCGCACGUGGAUACGCCAUACUUCAUGUCUGAGCAUACCGCCUUCUCCGGUCAAGACUUCGGCAACCCUUCUCGCGCACUGUUGCAGUUCAUGAUCGCGGCUACACCUAGCCAGCAGCUUUCGGCGGAUAUGAUUGCCAACCCUAGCUCAUAUCUGGAGAAGAUGAGCUCCACCUGGGAGUCACACUUCGUCGGUGGUCACGGUACCCUCAGUGCUCUCAUCAGCAACGUCCCUGAUACGGUCAACCCCGUCAAGGCGAAGGCUGUGUUUGUCCAGGUUCCCGACGGUGACUCCACUUCUCUGGAGCUCGUUUGGAAGUUCGAGGUUGAGAUGGAGGACAACUGGUACGAGGCUGCUGUCUCUGCUACAGCUCCACACCGUAUCAUAUCUGUUGUCGACUGGGCAUCAGACUCGCCCUUGCCAGUCGCGCCGCUCCCAAAGGAACCCGCUGAGCGCACGACUGGUGUCUAUAACGUCUUUGCGUGGGGCAUCAACGACCCCUCGGUUGGCAACCGUUCCAUUCAGAAGGAGAACUUCGACUCACUUGCCAGUCCCGUUGGAUGGCAUUCAUUGCCUUAUUACGUGGACCCUGUUUCAGUUGGCUUCAAACCAGAGGAUCGCCGGAAGUUCCGGAACACCACGACAACGUGGGGCAACAACGUCUUCGCCCAUGAGAACUGGGAAGGGCGCAACAGCUGGCUGACCAACUAUCGCCCGGAUGCUGGCGUGGACUUGGUCUUCAAUCACACGUACGCUCCUAAGAAGACGGACUCCACGGACUCGCUCGACGAGGCGAGGAAGUACAUCAACGCCUCGGUCACGCAGCUUUUCUACACUUCCAACUUAGUUCACGAUCUCUACUACCGUUAUGGCUUCGACGAGGUGUCGGGUAACUUCCAGCAGCACAAUUUUGGCCGUGGCGGUGAGGAGAGCGAUGCUGUCAUCGCCAACGCGCAGGACGGCAGCGGGUAUAACAAUGCCAACUUCAUGACACCACCUGACGGUCAGAACGGGCGCUGCAGGAUGUACUUGUGGAAUACUGCGAAUCCUUACCGUGAUGGCGACCUCGAGGCGGGCAUCGUGAUCCACGAGCUGAGCCAUGGAUUGAGCACGCGUCUGACGGGUGGGCCCGCGAACUCUGGCUGUCUCGGCUGGGGUGAGUCCGGUGGAAUGGGUGAGGGCUGGGGAGACUUCUUGGCUACAACGAUCCGGAGCACUAGAAACUACUCGGACUACGCGAUGGGCUCUUGGGCUGCAAACCGGGAGAAAGGCAUCAGGAACUUCCCCUACUCUCUGAACGAUACCAUCAACCCAUCAACAUACCAGACACUAGACAAGCCUGGUUACUGGGGUGUGCAUGCAAUCGGCGAGGUCCAUGCGGAGAUCCUCUGGGUGGUGUCGCAGCGACUGAUCUCGAAGUACGGCUUCAUCGACACGCUCUUCCCUCCUAUGCCGCAGGAGAACGGCACGGUACCUGAGGGCGAUUUCUACCGCCCCGCGGAGUUCACCGCCACGGGCGACCGCAAACCGUUGGUGCCGAAGCACGGGAACUCGCUCAUCGUGCAGCUCAUCCUGAACGGGAUGAAGAUGCAGCCGUGCCGCCCGUCGUUCCUCGACGCGCGCGACGCGAUUCUCGAUGCGGACGAGGUACUUACCGGCGGCGAGAACUAUUGUGACCUCUACGCCGGUUUCGCCUCGCGAGGCCUGGGCCCGAACGCCCGCGUCGACGGGCGCACGCCGUGGGGCGGAGGUGUGCGCACCAACGAUUACGCGCUGCCGGCGAAGUGUGUCGACAAGAAGCCAGAGUGA